CAACCAACUGAUUUCUCGAUACUCGUAAAAUAAAAGCUAAUCAAACAUUAUCUUGUCAUUUUAAAUUAUUUUCGAAAGAAAAAAAGAUCUGAAGAAGGGUUCAGGUUACUUUAGUAUUCAAAGUUUGUCUAACCUCAAUUUCGACAAGUGUCAAAAGUAGAAAAGUAUCCUAGAUUGUAAUUAGGCAUGUUGACAAAACCAACAUCAGAUGUAGAGACCGUAUCUCUCGCUAUUGACACAAUUCCAAUUAGUUUUAUCAUCGCAGAAGAUGGGCGGACACUUUUAUUAGCAGAGCAAGAUGAUGGAGCCUUAGAAUGGAUAACUACACCUAUUGCUUUCAUCCAGCCAGAUAAUACAAUUUUAUCUUCAGUUAAAGUAGCAAACGAAAACCCAUCUGCAAUUUCAUCCUUAUUCCAAAUAAAUAUUGAAAAUGUUGUCCCUGCUAAUAAUACAUCGGAAGCAACUAUCCUCCAAGGCAAAAAUACACCAAUUAUUUCUAACUUAACUGAUGUAACGAAUUCUAAAUUAAUUCUACAACAAUCUUCUGAGGGCUUAACAAUAGUAAAUACUAAUAAUAUAUUACAAAGUGAAAACACUUCUGAUCAACAAUCAAGUUUCUUAGUAGAUACAACGAAAAUUAACAAAAGGAGUCCUGGAAGGCCUAGAAAAAAUGCCGUUAAUGCAACUGAUACGGAUCAUAAAUGUGAAAUUUGUGGUGAAGAGUUCAAGAAACAAAUCCUUUACCGUAAGCAUAUGGAACAACAUGCUGAAGAGAAACCUCAUCGAUGUCCAAAAUGUCCAGCAUCUUUCAAUAUACCUACAAAUUUCACGCUUCAUAUGGCGACGCAUAAUACAGGAGAACCUAAAUGUCCUGAGUGUGGUCGAAAAUUCGCUCGUAUGGCUAGUCUCAAGUCUCAUUUAUUACUUCAUGAAAAGGAGGAACACCUUUUUUGUAAAGAGUGCGAGGACGUAUUUCCUUCAAAGACGCAAUUAGAUGCACACUUGCGACUUCAUAAUGAAAAGUGGUCAACAGACGAUGUGAAGAAGUGCAAAUUAUGCAGCAAACAAUUCACUCAGCCUGCACUUUAUCGUAUUCACAUUCGAGAACACUAUAAAUUACAGACCAAAAUGAUGAAACAGACAAAAAGAGGAGUGACACAUAAAACGGUGUAUAAAUGUAAGAUAUGCCUUAAAAUAUUUCAAAAACCUAGCCAAUUGAUGAGGCAUAUUCGGGUUCAUACUGGAGAAAAACCAUUUGUUUGUAACGUUUGCAACCGAUCUUUUACGCAAAAAAAUUCCCUUCAAAUACAUAAAUGGAAACAUGUAGGAAUUCGUCCAUAUCAUUGCAAUCAGUGCAAUGCAAAAUUCAGCCAAAAAGGUAAUUUAAACGCACACAUUUCUCGGGUACAUAAUUUGCCAGAGGGCGAACCGGUAUAUUCGUGUAUGCUGUGCACGUGUUCUUUUAAGAAAAUAGGAAGCUUAAGUAUUCAUAUGAAAAGGAUGCACACCGUUCCGAUAGAAGGAGAAGAAAAAUGUGACAGUUCUAUAAAUGCUGCAGAUUCAAACGUUCAAGAUGCAACAGAUUUUACAAAUAAAGGUGAUAUAUUACAAGAAGCUUUGAAGAUAAGUGGUUUAUCCAGUAAAGAAAAAAAUCUCUCUUCUGUAGAACCGAAUUCAAAAAACAAUCAAGUACAAACAUCUUAUGUAACGCUUUUAGACAGAGCACCUGAUGGUUCGUUAAGGAAAUACGUAACAAUAAAACAACGGAAUGCUGGAAGUACAAGAUGGUAUGCAUGCUCCUACUGUCAUAAAGAGUUUAAAAAACCAUCAGAUCUGCUUCGACAUUUACGAAUACAUACACAAGAGAAGCCAUAUAAGUGCUCUCAAUGCUAUCAAUCUUUUGCACUAAAAUCGACAAUGAAUGCUCAUGAACGAACUCAUUCCGGAGUAAAAAAAUAUGCUUGCGGUAUUUGUGCGAAGAAAUUUGCUUGCCAUAGUAGUCUCAAAGCUCACACAAGAACUCACACAAAACCUUUUGUAUGUACUAUUUGUGAAAAAUCUUUUGGAACAAACAGUGUUUUAAAAAGCCAUCUAAAAAGUCAUGUGAAAUCAAAAUUAAAGAUAUCACCAGAUGCAGAGGCUUUGAUACCACAAAUUAUUUUAGAAGAGCCAUUAGUAAUAAGUGAUGCAGGAAAUAAAAUUAGUGUAGCUCAUAUAAAAUCGAAACAGAAUCAUGUUCAUGCAGAUGGUGAUAAUACUAGUAGACCACAUAAAUGUUGGGUUUGUCCAGCAGCGUUUAGAAAAAUAAGUCAUUUGAAACAGCAUUAUCGUCGUCAUACUGGUGAACGACCAUUCAAAUGUCCAAAAUGUGAAAGGAAAUUUACGUCUAACAGUGUUCUCAAAGCUCAUCUACAGACUCAUGAAGCAGCUAGACCGUAUAACUGUACCGUUUGCAAUGCUAAAUUCUCAACACAGAGUAGUAUGAAACGGCAUUUAAUCACUCAUAGUAACAAAAGACCGUUCAUGUGCCCAUAUUGUCAUAAAACAUUUAAGACCACCGUCAACUGCAGGAAACACAUGAAAAUUCACAAAACCGAGCUUGCGCAACAGCAACUAGAAAAACAACAAGCACAAGAAAAAGGAUCUUUGUUAGAAAUUCCAGAUAAAGAACCAAUUUCUGUUAUACCAGAAAAUAUAAGUUUAUCAGAAGAUAUUACAAAUUCAUUCCAGCAGAAUAUUAAUUCUGAUUUUACUCAAGCAUUUAAUGAUCAAUUUUCAUCAAUUAGUAAUAAGGAAAAAUCAUUUUUAGCGGAGACUAAUACUACGCAGGCGAUAGAAAAUUUAUCACAAACACAUAAUAAUAAUAAUAAUACUAAUAAUAAUAUAGGAAUCUCUCAAACUUUGCAUGCUGAUGAAACCGGAACUAUUACAUUACCAAAUUAUUCUGGAGACCAAACUCUUACUGCUGAAAGUAUACGAGAGAUUGAAGAAACAUUGAAUCAACAACUUUUUAAUAUUGGAGUAAAUCUCGGUUUAGGAAAUAAUUUAUCUCGACAAAUUAGUGAUUCAGAUGUCGGAGCAUUGGAAUCACGAGAACAACCAGUACUAAAUAUAAUUUAUGACAAUUCUAAGUCACUUGACACAACUGGAGUUAAUCCAAUGAAUACAAAUAUUUUUAAUUCGCAAUUUGAUACCUUUGAUAUGAGUCACAUAACUCUUCAAACAGAUUCUGAAAUGGAUAUUGGAAUAACACCUGCUAAUUCAACAAGCAUGGCUAGUAUAUUGCCCAAAUCAGCUCAAGAAGAACAGCGGUUAGCGCCUGUAUCUGCUUCCAAUUCUCAAGACAAUCAAUCAAAAAAGAGCGAACCUCUGAUCAUGGCUAAUAAUAGUAUGCAAUCAUUUAGAGAUGUAUCAAAAUCAAUUUCGUGUCCAAAAUAUCCGAAAAUAAUUGCGAAGGCUGAUACUACUGAUAAUUCUGAAAUUUUAAAUUUCAAUCAAGAAUCAAAUGAUUUGUCUGUUUCAUCACCAUCUUCCAUUCUUGAACAUCAUUUACAAUUACCAUGUACAUAUUGUGAUAAACUAUUUUCAGAUGAACAUCAACUAAAAUUACAUAUUGAAGCUCAUCUCUCAGAAAGUAUGAGAAGUAACGCGGAGGCUAAUCAAAACUUAUCAAUCAUUCUAAAUAAUGAAGCAUCACUGCAAUGCCAUAUGUGUUAUAGUAAAGGAUUUGAUGUUAUUUCAUUGAAAGAACACCUAAAAACUCAUCGAGGAGAGAAAGAAUUCCAAUGCACACAGUGUUCUCAAAAAUUUUGUACCAAUGGAGGUUUAAGUCGACAUUUAAAAGUUCAUGCUGGAAAAACUAUUGACAUGUGGAGCUGUACAAUCUGUUAUGAAACAUUUUCGAAUGAAAAUCAAUUAAUAUUACAUAAAAAGACCCACAAUCCUCUCGGAUGGAAUAGUCCUCAUACAGAGCCUGAUAGUUCGCAGAAAGAACCAAUUGCUACGGAGACUGAAUUGUUAAAUAUGAAUACCAUUAAGCAGGAAUUGAACUCUUCAGUUUCAGAAAAAUUACUAUUUGAUGCUGUAGUUGAGAGAGAUUAUUUAAAAAUAAAGAAUAAUGAUUCAACAGUUCAACAAGAAAAGAGAGAAUUUGUUAAUAAAUGUGAAUACUGUCCUAAAACAUUUAGAAAACCAAGUGAUUUAACUCGUCAUAUUCGAACGCAUACUGGUGAACGUCCAUAUCAGUGUGAACAUUGUGAAAAAAGUUUUGCAGUUAAAUGUACCCUUGACUGUCAUAAAAAAGUGCAUACUGGUAAUCAAAAAUUCUGUUGUCACGUGUGCAAUAGGCUUUUUGCAACAAAAGGUAGUUUAAAAGUGCACAUGAGAUUACAUACAGGGUCCAAACCAUUCAAAUGUUUCAUUUGCAAUUUACAAUUCAGAACUUCUGGUCAUCGAAAGGUACAUUUACUCACGCAUAUGAAAGAGAAUAAUAAGAAUGAUUUGAAAAAAAAACAAAAGAUGAAAAAAAUUGAUGUAGCAACUGAAAUGACUGAAAAUUCUGUCGACAAUCUGACUAAUAUUAAUGAUGAGUCUUUAGUCAAUGUACCUCCAACUGCAGAUUAUUCUAAUUUAGAUACUAUAACAAUUGAUACUACAGGUAUACCAGACCAGUUAACUUUUAAUGCUGAUGGCACAAUAGUCAAUAAUAAUUCAAUACUCUCAGUUAAUGAAAGUAAUCAACUUGUGGCUAAUUUACAUUUUCUUCUCGCUAAUGGAUUAGUGACAAUUCAAACAGAUGAAGGUUUAAUACCUUCAUUGAAUACUCCAGAAACUACUAAUAUCACUCAAGAGCCUACCACAGAUCAUGCGUUGAAUGUGCCAAAUACACUCGAGCAAGUAUCGAAUAACUCAUCGGCAAAUAAUUUAAUGAUAACUACUCAAAUAGAUAAUCUUCCAACACCUCAUACUGAUAGGCAAUCAUCAUCGUUACAGUUGAAUGACUGUAUGGCUUUUAUUCCAAUAACUUCAGCUAAUACAUGUCCUGUUAAUCAAAUUCCACCAUCAUCAACUGCCCCUAUUUCCAAAAUCAAUGGAAAAAAUACGAAAGUUACAUCUAAAAAAGAAUGCGAUAUUUGCGGAAAAACAUUUAUGAAACCAUGCCAAGUAGAGAGGCAUAAACGGAUUCACACUGGUGAAAGACCUUUUAAGUGUGAAUUAUGUUCAAAGUCAUUUGCACAAAAGUCUACUUUACAAAUGCAUCAGAAACAUCACACCGGCGAUAGACCAUAUUCCUGUCCACAUUGUGAUUAUUCUUUCACUCAAAAAGGUAAUCUUCAAACUCAUCUCAAACGGGUUCAUAAAUUAGAUACAAUAGAAGGGAAAAAAUUAAAGCAUGGUCAGCAAAUUGCCAGUGCAAAAAUAAUGCAAGAUGAAACAAAUAAUAUUACAGAUAAUGGGAUACCCAAUUUAGAUGACAUUUCAUCUUUGGUUGAACUUCUAAAAUAAUUUUAAUUGGAUAUAAUAUUUGUGUAAUCGAUGGUAAUCAAUUAAUUUAGAAUAUUAUUAGAAUUUUAUAUUUUUUAUUACUUUGAGAUUGAAUAAUAAUAUAAUUAUUAUAUUAUAAAUUUUUUUCUUAAGUAAAUAUAACAUGAGAUUGUAACAGACUGA